AUGGCUCAAGUUGGUAAGUUGAUGAGCAUAAUUUAUGUUUUUUGUUGAAAUUUUGGUAUUAUGAAGUAUUAUGAAGCGUUUUAAUAGUGUAGACUUAAAGAAAGGCUAAUUAUGUUUAUUUUCUAUCACACACUUCAAUUGCUACAGACUUUUUCAUCAUACAUAAUUCUAUAUUACUUUUUAUAUUUUAAUUUUGGUUAGAAAACUUUUCAAAAUCAAAGUUAUGACUCAAAAUUUUAAAGCAAUUAUUAAAAGUGUAUCAUGCAAAUUCUAGCUGAAGAACGGACGUUACUGUCAACCGAGUGGCAUUACACUGGGACAGUUGGUUUGCCAUUAACAAAAGAUGAAGGGUCGGAAGGGCGGAAGAUUCUAAAAAACGGAGCUCAACGAACUCAUCGGAUUCUAAGUGAGGAUGAAUUGAGUCAAGGGAAACAGGCACGGUGGUUGGAGAUGGAAGUUCACGGUAAGAUUUGUUUAUUUUGUUUUGGGUUUAGGUAUCUACGACAACAUAAUGUUUGAGGAAAUUCUUCGUAAUACAAGUGGCUUAUUAAAAUUAGUGUCUGACGGCGGUAUUUGAGUUUUUCUGACAAUUAGAAUUAUGCCUUGAACAAAGUUUUUGUUAUAUACGUUUAAAACGUAUUUUAGGGUCGAUUCGUGUGAUAAGCAAGUCGAUUUUGGCAAUGAAACAUCUAACGGCAUUGUUUCUGAACCACAACUACUUGACCACUAUUCCUCGCGAGAUCUCGAACUUGACGCAUUUGAGUAUUCUGGAUGUAUCAAACAACAACCUUCGGUCGAUUCCACCAGAAAUGGGCGAGAUGGCCAGUCUCAUGCAUUUGAACUUGAGUAACAACCAUUUGAAGUCGUUACCUGCUGAGUUGGGCAAGUUGUUCAGGAUAAAGACGUUGAAUGUGUCGAAUAAUCCGUUGCCUCAAGAGUUGUUGGGUUACGGGCAUAGUCCACAGGGAUCGAAAAAGCUAUUGCAGCAUCUGUUGGACGGUUUGGCUAGUAAGUGUUGGGGUUUUCAGGGGGAUUUUUUGGAUUUUGUGGUAGUUUUUUGUUAACAUUGAAAUUAAAUUUUCAGUUUUUUAUAAUUUUGGAGGGAAUUUGUUACGAAAAGUACAAAAAAUUAAAAUAACAUAUUAUCCAAACUAAGAUUUUGUUAAAAUUUAAAUUUUUCAGCGAACACAAAGCCUCCGCCAGCCCGAAAAUGGUUCAAAAUCCCCCACCCAAGUAUAGACAAGCCUGUAGCUGAGUUUACGGUCUUCUGCUACAACGUUUUGUGCGACAAAUACGCUACGACAAACCUCUAUUCCUACUGCCCAUCAUGGGCACUCAACUGGGAGUACCGAAAGAACGCCAUCAUCAAGGAGAUUCUCCGCUACAACGCAGACAUUGUGGCUCUACAAGAGGUUGAAGCCGAACAAUUCAAACUCUUGUUCGAGCCGAACCUAAAAGAACAUGGAUAUAGUGGUAUCUUUGCACCAAAAUCCAGAGCCAAAACCAUGAAUUCGGACGAUCGAAAGCACGUGGAUGGGUGUGCGUUGUUCUGGAAGAACAAAAAGUUCAGAAUGAACCAUCAACAUCUAGUUGAGUUCGCUCAGGUAGCCAUCAACAAGGCCUAUCAAAGUGAUGCCAUUAUCAACCGUGUCAUGCCAAAGGACAACAUUGCCCUAAUGGCCAUCAUGGAGGUUCUACCAGGAGUGUACCGCGCUAAAGACGGUCCUCCACCGUUCAUCGACAACUCCAUGGACACAGAAGACGCUGCAACGAGAGCUGAUGCUGAGGAAAGUGUGGUUGGUACUCCAUUGGUACUGUGUGCUGCACAUAUCCACUGGGAUCCCGAGUUUUGUGAUGUUAAGUUGAUCCAGUCAAUGAUGUUGGUACAUGAAUGUGCACGACAAAUCGAAGCUGUGGCCGAGAAACACAAAAUUGCGUUACCGGUAAGAUCUGUUUUCUAAAAAAUUUGAAAUUUGAAAGUUUAAGCGUCAGAAACAAUUUAAGAUGGAAUUUUAAUUGAAUGACUUAUUUUGAUAUUUCAGGAAGUCCCUCUAAUCAUUUGUGGCGAUUUUAACUCCCUACCCGACUCUGGAGUCUUCGAGUACCUAACUCGAGGUAUCAUCCACAAAGAGCACCCCGACCUCAAGUCUUUCCGCAACGACAUGGUACUGAACGGAAUGAACACCAACGAGUACGCCGACCUCAACUACACCCACGCCCUCCAAAUGGAGUCUGCCAUCAGCCAGGAACACGUGGCCAACACCAAUAUUACACAUGACUUCAAGGGAAUGAUCGACUACAUCUUCACAUCGCCCCAAUCUCUUAACAAGGUGGGCUACCUGGGCGGGGUAGAUCAACAGUGGAUCAACGAAAACAAAAUCCUCGGCUUCCCCCAUCCCCACGUUCCAUCGGACCAUAUCCCAAUCAUGGCACAGUAUAUACUUCUACCACAACGUCACCGCCAAGCAACCCCAUCACUUCAUCGGUUCCGCCGACGCUCCGAAUCCUUCACUCGGGACAUGGAGAAGGCCAGAAAAGCCUAA